AGAGAUUCGGUACACAUAAAUCAGCAGGACAGAGCUGCUCUGUCAUCCACAUACUGCUUCAGUUCAGGAUCACAUCUUCAGUUUAAAACUUCCUCCAGGACGAUCUCAGAACAACAUGCAUAGUAAAGAUCAGAACUGCCAUGAGGACUACCAGAAAACAGCAGACUGGCUGCUCUCCCAUACACAACACAGACCUAAAGUGGCCAUCAUCUGUGGCUCUGGACUGGGUCUGCUGGCAGAUGCCCUCAAGUGCCAAGACUUCUUCAAAUAUUCAGACAUCCCCAGCUUUCCUCAAAGCACCGUAUAAGGCCAUGCUGGACGUUUGGUUUUUGGGCAGCUUAAAGGGAAGACUUGUGUGUGCAUGCAGGGACGAUUUCACAUGUAUGAAGGACACUCGCUAAGCAAGGUCACUUUUCCAGUAAGAGUGUUCAAACUUCUGGGUGUUGAAACCCUGAUUGUGACUAAUGCUGCUGGAUCAUUAGCGGACAGUUACAGCUGUGGUGAUCUUAUGAUCAUCCGUGACCACAUUAAUUUCCCUGGACUAGCUGGAUUGAACCCACUUAAUGGACCGAAUGAUGAUAAAUUUGGUCCACGAUUUCCACCCAUGUCUGGGGUGUAUGACAAAGGCUUACGGAAGAUGGCAUUUGACAUCUGUAAGACCAUGGGCAUCUCUCAGUAUGUCCAGGAGGGUGUGUACUGCAUGGUGGGAGGGCCCAACUUUGAGAGUAUAGCUGAAGCCCGACUUUUACACAGACUGGAUGUGGACGCAGUGGGUAUGAGCACUGCGCCAGAAGUGUUGGUUGCCAGUCACUGUGGCAUGAAAGUCUUCGGUCUUUCUCUCAUCACUAACAAAGUUGUGAAAAGCUAUGAGGACAACGAGACUGUCAAUCAUGAAGCCGUGCUUGAAGUGAGCAAAAUGCGCUCAGAGACUCUGCAGACGCUUGUCACCGAGCUCAUCAGUCGCAUGGACAUUAACAACAACAACACUGUAUGAUGUCAUCCAUGCUGUUUGUGCCAAUCAAAACCUCAUCCAGAAAAACCUGCAGCUAUCAUGAUUACCUUUUUAUUAUAGUAGACGACUGUACAAAACAUCUGUUUUCUGUAUGAUUUUACUCCAUGGAAGAGAUCUAGGCUAUUUCUAUAUUUGUGCCAUGUCAACAAACACUGGGCUGUUCAGUGUGUGUGUGUGUGUGUGUGUGUGUGUGUGCGCGCGUGUGUGCGUGCGUGCGUGCGUGCGUGCAUGCGUGUGUGUGUGUGUGUAAAACAUUUAUUACAUUUGAUCUUUUUUGUGUACUGGAAGGUGGAUGUAAAAUGUUCUAUUUAUUUAGAAUAACAGUAUCAUUUAAAUGUAGCCUAUGUGGGAAACUUUGCUUGAUACACAGCUUUUUGAAUUUAUCAUGCAAAUUAAUAUAAAUCUUAAUAUUGGUUAUUUUUUUGAUAAUUUAAGAUAUUUAAAUCAUUUCAUAAUGCUAUUACGACCCUGUCUUACAUUUUUUCUGUUUGUUUUGUACAUUGUGGUUAAAUCAACUUGCUUUUCUGUAUGACAAAUAAUCUGAGCUGAAAAUGCACCAAUAAACAAUA